AUGGACCCUGGACCUUCCCACCCUCCGACACCCAUCCCCAACAACCCCGACCAAAACCCACCACCAACACCUUUCACCCACUGUCCCCACCAUCUCCCAGACCCCCCUGACCCUUUUCCACCCCCACCACGACAAAACUACGGCGGCUUAACCUCUCGCCUCUCUAAGAUUUCCUUCCUGGCGUUCGACGGCACCGAACUCCGUGAUUGGUUAUCUAAAUGUGAGCAGUUCUUCGACAUUGAUGACACACCGCAGGAACUCAAAAUUCGUUUGGCUGCUAUGCAUCUCAGAGGGAAAGCAACUGAGUGGCAUACCAACUACAUGACCACUAGGUUUGGCUUGUUCCCCUCUUGGACUGACUACAUUAUCGCCAUCUCCGCUCGUUUCUGCGAGUUAUUUGACGACCCCCUCGCUGAGCUCGUCGCACUAAAACAAGGAUCUGACUCCGUUGUUGACUACCGCGACAAGUUUGAGACAGCUUGGAUGCGCCUUGUCCUACCUGAAGCCCACACCCUUAGCAUCUUCCUAGCCAACAUGAACCCUCACCUGUCACUUCACACACGACAAUUUGAGGUCACUACCAUCUCUGGUGCUGUUAAGAUCGCUGCGUUACACGAAUCCUCCCUUUCCCACGCCCCUACUAAACCACAAAGAGCCCUCUUCAAUCCUUCCCCUUACCAACGCUCCUCUAAACCACCCAGUUCCACACCCCUGUUACAAAACACUGAUACCUCAACGACUACCAAAACCGGUUUCAUUCCCCGCAACGCUUCAGAUAAACCUCCUCGCAAAUACUCUUACCAAGAGAUGCAAGACAGAAGAUCCAAAGGCCUUUGUAUGUUUUGCGAUGAAACUUUCACACCAGGUCAUCAGCUUAAGCACAAACGGUCCCAAAUCUUCGUCAUGGAGUGUGAGGAUGAUGACAGCUCCUCAGAGAGUGAGCAAAAUGACGUUGUGGCAACCCCUGCUCCAACUGAUGAGCAACCUAAAGACACACCUGUCAUAUCUAUCAACGCCUUGGACGGUUCUACAUCCUACAACUGCAUGAGGAUGAUAGGUUACUAUGGCAAGACAAAGCUCCACAUUCUGGUCGACCCGGGGAGCACUCACAACUUCGUUGACAUCAACAUUGCUAACCAUAUCGGUUGCAAGCUUGAGUCGACAAAACCUAUGUCUGUCAAAGCCGCUACAGGUGGAACUCUCAUCACAAAAUACAAGUUCUCUGCUUUCACAUGGUCGGUUCAAGGAUCCACCUUCACUACUGAGUUCAGAACGGUUCCUCUCGACUGCUAUGACUUUGUUUUGGGAGUUCAAUGGCUCUGCACCCUCGGGCCCAUUCUGUGGGAUUUCCUAAGCUUAAGGAUGGAAUUCACCUUGUUGGGUACUAAGCACGUGCUACGUGGUGUUGUAAAGACAAGUGGCAAGGUCAUCAAAGGUUCCAGCUUGAACAAACUGCUGUUGCAAGAGCCGCAGAUCGCUCUGAUACAGAUUCGAGAAGUGGCUACUGAGGACACUAAGGAUGAUAACUUCACCUCUGAGUUACUCUUUUCCCACAUCUCAGCAACUGCAACAACAAACGCUGACGACCCUGACUUGCUGUAUCUCCUUGAUUCCUUCUCAGACAUCUUCGAGGAACCAUCAUCCCUCCCACCUUUUCGCGAAGGCUUUGAUCACCAAAUUCCUCUCCUUGCGGGUUCAAACCCUGUGAACUUGAGACCUUACCGGUACUCUUCCCUGCAAAAAGACAAUAUCGACGUGAUGAUCAAAGAGAUGAUGACUCAAGGGAUCAUUCAGCAUAGCUCUAGCCCCUACGCCUCUCCUAUCGUACUAGUCAAGAAGAGACGGUACCUGGAGACUUUGUGUGGACUACAGAGGCUUAAACAAGCAGACAAUAAAGGAUAA